AGCAGCGGUGUUGUCAGUCGAGAAGGGAAAGCAAGAUGACGUCCAAAACAUUUCUCUCAAUAUGCCUUAUUUUAGGCGUCUUCUGUGCGUUUUCUGAGGGCCUGUACUUCCACAUUGGUGAAACAGAAAGGAAAUGUUUCAUCGAAGAGAUUCCAGACGAGACAAUGGUCACAGGCAAUUACAAGCUACAACUUUUUGACCCGCGAACUGGUGGUUUCAUGCCCUCAUCACCUGGUCUUGGAAUGCAUGUUGAGAUCAGAGAUCCUGAUGACAAGAUUAUUCUUUCCAGGGUGUAUAGCAGCGAGGGUCGUUUCACCUUCACUUCACACACCCCUGGAGAACAUGUCAUCUGCUUGUACUCCAACUCCACCAAGUGGUUCUCUGGAUCACAGCUGCGUGUGCACUUCGACAUCCAAGUUGGAGAGCAUGCAAUUGAUUAUGCCAAUGUUGCCCAGAAGGAGAAGUUGACAGAACUCCAACUCAGAGUGCGACAGCUGCUGGAUCAGGUUGACCAGAUUGCCAAAGAACAAAACUACCAGAGGUAUCGUGAGGAACGCUUCCGACAGACUUCUGACAGCACAAAUCAGCGAGUUCUUUGGUGGUCCAUCAGUCAGAUUGGCAUUCUAGUUGGCAUGGGCUUUUGGCAAAUGCGUCACCUGAAGAGCUUCUUUGAAGCCAAGAAACUGGUGUAAUUAGUUGGAAAGAAUGUAGGAUUUAUUUAUAUAUAAUUUUUUAACCACCUGUAGAACUCAAGGCUCAGAUUACCGUAGCCAAUAUUCAGUUCAUCCAAAAAUUGUGGUAAAUUCAUCUCUGCUUUGACAGUGGGUCACUUAUAACUUCCUUUGAUGGAUGAAGAAUGUACCUGCAUCUCCUCUAAAUUUGCUAAGUGGCCUAGACAUUGAGGAAGCCAUCAGUUAUUGCAUAGCAAGAAAUUCCAACCUUAAUGUAUGAAAGCCAAAAUAUCUGUUCUGCAAAUGUUCUCUUUUCAGUUUGUCCUCCUUUUGUGAUAAGUGUUGUUAGCCUUGAGCUUUGUUUUGCUAUGCUUCAGAUAAUGUUCAGAUUAUAGAUAUGCCAUUUAUGCUCCAGAAAGAGUGAUAAAACUGACUUUUUCUUCCAUAGAAAGAAUUUAUGCACUAGCUAGAUGUAAAUAUCACUUGUGAUUGGAUUAUUAUUGAUGACAAAAUAAAUGGGGAAAGUUGUAAUUAUUUUUCACUUUUUCAUUUUCUUUUUGUUUCAAGUAAAUACAUUUGGUAUUAUAUUUCAUUUUUAAGUUGGACUUUUCAAAAAGAUUGGAAAUGGUAUGGUUUAGACAUUUUAAGUAAUGUCACUUUUUGGCUAAACACUGAAGAAUGUUUGCACCUUUUUUGUAUUGUUUCCUGUAAUUGUUGAAAUAUGAGUUGGUCUUGAAAACAUUUUUUAAUAAAACAAAUUUGUUUA